AUGACACAACUCUCUCUCGUUCCCGUGGAGGUUCUCUACUCCAUAAUUUCUCUCCUGGGCCCCUCUGAUCAUUCGCGCCUAUCUCGAACGUGCAAGCAAAUCCACCAACUAGCCACGCCGCGUCUCUGGAGAAGCUACCGCAAAUACAAUCAGCAACCUUACAACCCAUUCCUGCGGACUAUACUCACCAACCCAUGCCUAGCCAGCCACAUUGAAGAACUCCGCAUGGCGGAUGCCACCCAAGAUGACCCCCGCGAAAUCUCAGACGAAGAUAUCCAAUUAUUCCAGUCCGCAGUCUCAAAGCUCCCACUUCCAGCUGAAUUCCAAGACCGCCUGAAAGCCGGGAUCAGAGAAGGGCACAGUGACCCCAUGCUUGCCGUCAUACUCUGCAACCUACCCAAUCUCAAGAAUAUGUUCCUCGACCGGCCUGAGAGCUGCGAGUUGAUAUGUGAGCUAUUUGACCACGCCGAUUCGGGCGAGUUUUCUUCUAGCCUUGGCCUUAACAGCAUCCGACGAUUCUCCAUAGAAACCGAAGACUACCUAUUCUCUACGGGACCAUGUCACGAGUACGGAAGCAUGUUUAACAUGACACACGAGGCGCAAAUCAUACACCUAAGCGAUGACAGUAUGAGUCCAUCUCGAUUCCGAGACGGCUCAUCUGCGCUUGAACAUCUCCACAUACUCGCAAGCUGUAUGGGGCCGGAUGCCAUGCGGGUGUUUAUACGCAGCUGCAGAACGCUCCGCACGUUCAACUAUACUUUUGGGAAAGUCCGUGAUAAUGAGGACCAUUUCAGGCCGCGGGAGGCUGUGGGGGAGCUUCGGCGCCAUGGAGAUACGCUUGAGGAGCUCACGAUGCUGUAUGACGAUGAUCAUGUGAAGAUGCCGUUGUAUGAUUUGACGGCGAGAGAGUGGUACAUGGGGACGGGGCUGCGGCGGUUUACUAGGUUGAAGAAGCUUCGGAGUGGUAUGCAUAGUCUGCUUGGGCUACUGCAUCCACGGUCGAAUGCGAUGGAGGCGUAUCCUGCCAAUCCUCAGGCGGAUAAGGAAAGGCCAGAGCUGGUGGAUGUGCUUCCGGCGUCAAUAGAGCACUUGAGUAUCCUGUAUGCUGAUGCACGGAUUAUUCCUCACUUGCAAAAGGUUGGGGAUAUCCGCGAGAAACAAUUUCCCAAUCUGAAAAAGAUUAUUGUCGGGUUUUGCUCCGAGUCAACGGAGAAGGACGUUCAGUUGGAAAUUCCAGGGCUAGAGUUGGUGGUGCUAUAUCAGAUCCAGGAGGAGAGAGAGGCCUAUGUUAAUGGCCGAGAGCGCUAUUCGUGGGUUGGGUCUCCGGUCUUCAGGGACUGA